AUGGACCCUGGCGCGCCCCGGUGUUUCUUCUGCCCGGAGCCUGACUCCGACUGUCUUCACAACCACCACCCCCAACUCCCCUACCUCGGGCGGCUCCAUUCACCCCAUCCCGGGGCGGGGCUCCCAGCCCGCGCGGCCAUUCUCGCCUACGGUAUCACCCUCCAGACCGGGCUUGGCUUCGGGUCCGAGCAAACCCGCUUUCGCCCGUCCCCGCCCGUCUCCGCGGGUGCCAUUCCGUUCGCCCGGAGGGUGCAGGGGUUCGAAGCUGCACACCACUUGGCUACUGCCCGCCGCCCUCACCCCACCAGACCCCGUCUCCGCGUCCCCCCGGUUCCCCGGGCCGUGGCACUUCCCUCCCUCCAGUCCGCGCGCCCGUCCGCCGCAGGAGCGGCUCCCCGCCUUAGCCCACAAGCCGCGAGACGCCCAUCGGCUGCGGGAGAGGCUCCCGGGAAGCUCGGCGGGGCCCCACGCAGAGCCCGCCCGCCGGAGCCGCAGUGCUGCGAGCGUUUCCCCGCGCCACCAGUCAGCGAUAUUCACGAGAGAGACGAAGAGGACACGGUCAUUCGAGUGCCGAGGCGCGGAAGCGCGAACUGCGCGGAGCGACCUGGCUUGGCGCACAGACUCAUUUACCAAGCUCGAGAGGCGGCAGCAAUGCGUGUGCGGGAAGGGGAGCGGUUCUCAAAAUACAAAGUGAUAAAACAGCUUCCAGUUGUGUUGAAAAACGAUGCAAACCCUCAAUUCCUUUUUUUCUUUUUUGGACCUGGUCGGACCUGAAAGUGCCGGUU